CAAAUAUAAAAUGUCGUCAAAACAGGGAAUUGUAUUUCUGUAUAAUGUUCUGAUCGUUGUCUUAAUUGAAGAUAUAGUAUCAGAAAACAAUAGCAAUGUUAUGAUAAACAAUAAUAGCAUAGCAACGACACCAAUACCCACUUUAACAACAAUUCAAACUACAAUUGUGUCUGAUUUGCUUAAUAAAACUGUUCAUGCUAAUUUGACAAAUGCAAUAUUAACCAACAAUAAUAAUAAUAAUAAUACACAACAAGGUAGUAUAGUAGGUGAUUCAAUUCAUGCAAAUAAUAGCAAUAGUAGUAAUGUUAAACAUAUAAUUUUAAAUCAAACACCAAAUAAUACAACUAAUAUAUUAUCUACCGAUAGUAUUAAUAAUAAUACAAUUAGCAAUACUAGUGUUACAGUUCAUUUAGUAAAUGAAAAAAUACCACUUAAUGAUUACAAAUUGACAAAUAAUAAUAAUAGUAAAUUAGUUGGAAUUGACAUCAACAAUAAUAGCAAUAUAAAUGCUACCGUUACCAAUACAACUAUAAUAAUUACUAUGUCGGCUAAUGGGACCAAUGUUGCCAACAAUAUAACCAGCAAAAUAUUAGAUAACAGUGCUCAUGAGGCGGCUAAACAACAAAGAUUAAAACAAUUGGAGAAAAUGCUGGAAAUUUCUAAUAAUUUUCAGAAACAAUUGCAAGAAAAUUAUGGCAAACAUAUUAAUAAACCAAAAGAAUUAUCAGAUAUACCAAAAAAGAUGCAAAACAUUGGUGAACAAACUUUUAAUAAGAUGACCAGUGAUAGUGAUAGUAAUAAAAGUGGAAAAAGUAAAAACAAAAAUAUUUUGAGUAAUAAAUUGUUUGAUUUCACUAAUUUCGAGCCGUUGUCACUGUUUGGCGACAGCGAAGGUAAACGUAAAGUCAAAAAACAUAAGAAAAUAUUAGAAACAGAAUCACAGACAUCGACAACAACAACAAUAAUCACUUCAAUUSAUACCAAUAGUCCUAUUGAUAAACAAAUUACAACACAAGACUCAGUCGACAAUACAGACGAUUCUACAGAAGAUAUCAAAAAGACUGACAAUGAAAAUGACAAGAAGACUGAUCUUCGCAAAAGAAAAUUAAAACAAAAAAAUAAGAAAAAGACAAAUAAAGACACGUUUUUCGGUUUCGGACCCUUUUAAACAAUUUUUAUUUAUUAUCAUUUAAUAACAUUUUAA